AUGGCAGACACUCCUCAACAGCCGUCUACGGCAAACAUAGCAGCCGCAUGCGCCAUACUCGCUGGCGUAACAGGCUAUUUUCUGGGACAAGCAAAGUCACUUGGUCUCUUCGGGGGCAGCCCAGUCUCUCAGCCAACAAAAUCUGAGAAAGAGGAAGCAGAAGAUUCAGAAGAUGAGUCAAGCGACGAAGACGACGACAGCACGCCUGCAGAGUUCCCAGGUCACAACGAGGAGUGCAAGAUGGUAUUGGUAGUACGAACAGAUCUCGGCAUGACCAAAGGCAAGAUUGGCGCACAAUGCGGGCAUGCGACACUGGCCUGCUACAAACACUUCCUCAAGCACUCGCCCGAGUCGACGCUACUGCGACGCUGGGAACGUAUGGGUCAAGCGAAGGUGGCGUUGCAAGUCAAGAGCGAGGAAGAGCUGGAAUUAUUGCAGGCGCAAGCACUGAGCCUAGGGUUGGUGGCACACAUCAUACACGAUGCGGGACGGACACAAAUCGCGAGCGGAAGUGCAACAGUGCUAGGUAUCGGCCCUGCACCUAAGGGCGUCAUAGAUCAGGUUACUGGGCAUCUCAAAUUGUUGUAA